GCAGCAGAGCUGAAGCAGUGCUGCCAGGGAGGAGUCCUGAUCCCACCAGGAGCCCAUGGCACUGCCUCUCCUUCCUCUCCUAGCCAUCAUUCUCCCCCUGCAGGCAAGUCUCCCUGCCAUACCUAAACUUUGUGCUUUCGGCCACCCCCUUCCAUUUUCUAAAGCAGUCUGAGAAGAGGAAAAGCCUGCAUCUGUGUGUUUGUCCGGGGCUUAGGACCUGCUGCUUAUCCAUCCCCGCUGCUGCUGCUGCUGCUGUGCAGGGGGAGCACAUUGCUACUGCUCACACAUACAGACAUGCACCCACAUCCUGCCUAGUAUCCCAGUCUACCCUAGAGACCCAUUUCUGUAUGGUGAUUUUUGGAAGAAAGGGUACACAGCCCAGCAUGAGACGAGGAUGAUGCCAGCAAAGAAAGGUCCUGAUAGCAAAUUUCCUCUCCACUAUUUGGUCUGGUUCAACAAACACAGGGAGUUGGAGAAGGAGCUCGUUGAUAAGCAGGAGCAGAUUGAGCAAGUAGACCCUCGGGGGCGUACUCCUCUUCACCUCGCCACCACACUAGGCUAUCUCGAUUGUGCCAAGGUACUGCUAAAUCAUGGUGCUGAUGUCAAUAAGGAGAACCGAAAUGGAUGGACAGUUCUGCAGGAAGCAGUCAGCACACGUGACCUAGAACUUGUGAGGUUGAUAUUACGGUACCGUGAUUAUCAGAGGACUAUAAAACGGCUGGCAGGAAUUCCCGUCCUUCUAGAGAAACUACGAAAGGCACAGGACUUUUAUGUAGAGAUGAAAUGGGAAUUUACCAGCUGGGUGCCCUUGGUCUCUAAAAUCUGCCCCAGUGACACGUAUAAGGUGUGGAAAAGUGGACAAAAUCUUCGUGUAGACACUACGCUGCUUGGGUUUGAUCAUAUGACCUGGCAAAGAGGCAACCGCAGCUUCAUAUUUAGGGGACAAGAUACCAGUGCUGUGGUAAUGGAAAUUGACCAUGACAGGAGGGUGGUCUUCUCCGAAACUCUGACCUUAGGUUCCCAGGACCAUGAAGUUCUCCUGGCUGCUGUGCAGCCCACUGAGGAGCAAGCUAUGAGCCGCCUUACAGCCCCUGUGGUAACAACUCAGCUAGACACUAAAAAUAUUGCAUUUGAGAGAAACAAAUCAGGAAUCCUGGGAUGGAGGAGCGAGAAAACUGAGAUUAUUAACGGCUACGAGUCAAAGGUAUAUGGAGCUUCCAAUGUAGAGUUAAUUACUAGAACCCGCACAGAACAUCUAUCAGACCAGCACAAAGGAAAAAGUAAAGGCAGUAAAACUCCACUUCAGUCAUUCUUAGGGAUUGCUGAGCAACACGUAGGACCAAACAAUGGGCAGACCUUAAUCACUCAGACAUUCAGCCAGACAAACCCUACAGCCAUCACACCCGAUGAAUAUUUUGAUCCCAACUUUGAGCUGGGGCAUAGGGACAUGGGGCGACCGAUGGAGCUGACUACCAAAACUCAGAAGUUUAAAGCCAAGCUAUGGCUGUGUGAGGACCAUCCCUUGUCUCUUGCAGAACAGGUGGCUCCUAUCAUUGACCUCAUGGCUAUAAGCAAUGCACUUUUUGCAAAACUUCGGGAUUUCAUCACUCUCAGGCUACCCCCAGGAUUCCCCGUAAAAAUUGAAAUUCCUAUCUUCCACAUCUUGAAUGCUCGCAUCACCUUUGGUAACCUGAACGGAUGUGAUGAGCCUGUGUCAUCCUUGCGGCAGAGCCCAAGCAGUGAGGUCCCCUCUCCAAGCAGUGACUCCUGCAGCGUUAGCAGCACAAGCUCUAUAAGUAUGAUGCCAAUCCAGGGGGAGACGGGACAGAGGGCUCCCAACACCUCUGGCCGUGGAUGUGAGAUCGACCAAUCAUUGUUUGAGGCUCCUCAAGGUUACAGCAUGGUGGGAAGUUACAGAGAAGCCAUGCGUGAAGAGGAAGAUGAUCUGCUCCAGUUUGCCAUCCAACAGAGCUUGCUGGAAGCCGGGAGCGAGUAUGAUCAGGUAACCAUUUGGGAAGCUCUGACAAACAGCAAGCCAGGAACACACCCAAUGGCCAAUGAAAGUCGGAGAGGAGAGAGGGUAAAAGUACAAGGACCCCUCAGCACACUCAGCCCUGCAGCCCUCCGCACACUGGCUCCAGCAAUACCUUCAGCACAUACCAAGAGCAGCUGAGACUCGCUAUGGAGCUUUCUGCUAAGGAACAGGAGGAAGAGGAGAAGUUAAAACAACAGGAGGAUGAAGAGCUGGAAAGAAUUCUACAGCUCUCCCUGACGGAGAAAUAGCGCACCCCCCCCCAAACAUUUGGAACAUCCCUAGAGGUCUACAGAUUCUGACCAAUCAUGGGCUCACCUGGGAAGCUAAAGACCAAGAAGGAUUCAUAUAGAGGGGUGACAGGCUUCCUGUUUCUCACAGAGCAUUGCAACAUGAGCCAGAGAAGAGGUCACAAACACCGCAAGUCAUUUGUGGUUCUUCUCCCCAAGUAUCCCAAGCUCCAAUAAGAAGUGGGCUGCAGGUCACCUCAAUAGAUCCCUAACACACAGUCAUUGGAUGGUGCAGUCACUAACAGCCCAAUCAACUUUGUUUAACUGUUUAAUGCCCAUUUGUGUCUGGAAUACAUGGGAGAAAGAGCUACAUUAAAAGCCAGUUUUAUCCAGCAACAAACUGGUUAUUGAUUCCAUUUGAGUCACAUGCUUCAUCUGUAUAAAAUAUUUGAUUAUUAGGGUCAAAUUGAUUUAAACCAAGGGGAUAAAUGUUAAUUAUUUCUUAUAAAAGUGUGAUUUAUUGAGUUAAACCUUUGCAGAUAAAUAUACUUCUUUUUCUGAUGUAACUGUUUAAUGACACUUUGCAUUGGAUAACAUAGUUACCCCUAUUAAAAUAAGGGUAUCGUUUAAAAAAACACAAUAUUUUCUCUUUAAAUUAGUGCUAUCAGGGUCCUAUGAACUCCCUCUAGAAUUCUGUAAUAAAGUCAACAAUCUGUUGAUAAAAGGAA